ACAUGAAAUCGUAAUCUUCCUUUUCACGCGUAUCUCAAGACAUUGCGCAAUUGUACAACAGUAUAUAAAUCUAUACUCGAAUGAACUAUAGUUUCUAGUUUCGUUUUAGCAUUCAAACAUGGAGGUCAACAUUGUAGAAGGGAUAUUAUCCGAUUUUCAGGCUGAUGUGAUAGUAAACAGUACCAACCCGGCUCUGAUGUUGGAUCUUGGAGGGUUGUCACAAUCUUUAUCCAGGAAGGCCGGUCCUGACUUGCAGAAAGAAUGUUCCCAAUCAUAUCCUAACGGAAUAUCAUUUGGUGAAGUUGUGUCAACCAAUGGAUAUGGUCUGCACUGCCAGAAAGUUUAUCACGUGUCAGUAUGCGCGUGGGAUUCUGAGUUUGCUGAUGCCCAAUGGAUAUUGAAUGAAGUGACGACUGGAUGUCUUAGAAAGGCACAUGAGGACGGAAUGACGUCUAUAGCAUUUCCGACACUGGGUUGUGGAUUUCUGAGCCAUCCUCCCGAUAUCGUUGCAAACAUCAUGAAACAAUGUAUAGAGCAGUUUGAAGAAUCAUUCCCAGUUACAACAUUAAAACAAGUGUUUGUUGUCGUGUUCACCAAACCCAGAGGCUGGGAACAUGUUUUACAGGCAUUUCAUCUAGUGUUCGAAAAUAAAGAGGAUAGAGCUGUAACUACAAUGGACGCCAGACCUUCAUUAAAUAAACCUUACAGUCUUACUUCAGAUUUUUCACAAACAUGUAUUCGUGAAAUGAAAAAUAACUCAUGCGUGAAGGUGCUGUUUUGUGGUCACCAAUGUGCAGGUUAUCGUGACGAACCCCAGUGUCCACCCUGUAUGGACAAGGACUGUAUACACAAAGGUCAUGGCCAGACAGGGGAUGACAAUUGUGCCGUCUGCUACACGGACCCACUCAGGGCUGCACCGUGUAUCUUAUUAAAUUGUGGGCACAAAUAUCACCUUCACUGUGUAAAGAGAAUUCUCGAGAAUAAAUGGGUAGGACCGAGGAUAACUUUCAAUUUUAUUCUCUGUCCAAUGUGUAAGCAACCCAUGGAUCACCCAGAGCUCCAGUCACUUUUAAAUCCAAUUCACGAACUUAACGAGGAAGUAAAACGAAAAGCCUUGACAAGAUUACAGUAUGAAGGUCUGGAAAAAUCAGACCAGAUUACAAACAGUGCUAGCCCGUACUACAAUAAUCCGGCACAGUUUGCUAUGGAUAGAUACUGCUACUAUACUUGUUUUAAAUGCAAUAGACCCUUCUUUGGAGGAGCGGCGCAAUGUGAAGAUGGAGCGGGCGACGUGAAUCUAAAACCAGAGGAGUUGAUUUGUUCCGCAUGUAGUGGAGUACAGGGAGUACAGAACUGUAAUAUCCAUGGUACAGACUUUAUAGAGUAUAAAUGCCGGUAUUGCUGCACGGUUGCCGUGUUCUACUGUUUUGGUAACACUCAUUUUUGUAACGAAUGUCACAAUGACAACAUCAGAGUGGCAGGGAUGGGUGACAACUUGCCAAAAUGUCCUGCUGGUCCAUGCGGUAAACAACUCACAGAGGACUGUCCACUGGGGAUUGAACACGCACCAAAUGGGACAGAGUUUUGUUUAGGUUGUGGCCUCUGCUCGAACCUGCAGUCUUUCUAAACUUGUGUUUUUAUUUGUGUGCUGCAAUCCUCCAAUGCUCUACAAGAUUACACUACUUUACACUACCUUAUCUAUAUCAUCAGAAGAAGAACCCAUUAAUAUUCAAUGAUAUAUUUAUUCAAGCUACUCUUGCCAACCACUGCAUCGAAUUACUAAAGUAUUCCUGAGAAUUUUAUUAUAUUACUAGUGUGCUUAGGGUAAGCUUUGAAGCAUUUCGUAGCUAACAAAGCAAUAUGAUAACUGUGUAAUGUGUAUAUACUUUAACACAUAUCAUUAUUAACGCAUACAAAAUGUUUCUUUGACAAAAGAUUGUUUAAAGAGUGUUAUAAUAUUUUUGAAAGGUCAGUAUUAAAAUAUAUAAGCUUUGUA